CUUCGCAUCACUAAUACACUAAUAUCAUUAUCAUAAGUAAUCUGCAUCAUCAAUACACUGAUGUCAUUAUCUUCAUAAGUAAUCGCAUCACUAAUACACUAAUAUCAUUAACUAAGUAAUUUUGCAGCAUUGAGGAUGGGUCACGUGACGCACACUUGAAAAACCUCCAUACACCUUAUCGCAAUCUUCCUUCCCCCCGCAAUAAUACCAGGCCCCGGUUAAAGCUAGGUGUUAAAUGACCCCUUUACACCGAACAGUGAGAAGGACUUAAUUGAAAAACUGUCAGUUUCACUUCUAAUAUCCUUUAGUUCUACCACUAUUCUUUAUACUAUAAGUUAUAACCAAACCACCAUGUCAUUAUACCGAGUUAAUAGCAGACAAUUGAUUAGAAUUGGACAAUUGACCAGAAGCAGAUGUUUAAGCACCGGUAAUAGAUUAUUUGCUAAGAACGAUGAAUCCACCAUUGAUUCGUAUAGAUUACCAUCGCAAACUUCGAUUAAUGAAUGGGAAUUCAAAUAUGAUUUCAUUCCAAAAGUGGCGGAACCUAAGAUUCCACCAAUUACCCCGGAAGCGGUUAAACAAGAUAUUGCCCAUGAACGUAAAGCCCGGGUUGAAAAAGAAAUGUUUAAUCAAGAAGGAGCAUCAUCAGUUAAAGUCGAAGGAAAUGAUGCUAAGGUUAUGAGAGGAGGGGAGUUUGUUCAAGAUGAACCAGAGUAUUUACAUGAUCGAGAACUGAAACCAGUUGAUGUUAGUUCAGGAAUUCACGCUAAUAAACCAACCAAACCCGCCAACCGGGAUAGAUACGUUCAAAGUUCAUUAAAUCCAGAAAUUAAUCAGUCAGACUUUGUUAGUUUGGGUGAUAAUCAAGUUGACCAUAAAGUAAGUUCAACUAAUGGACAAGCACAAGUUAUCGAAGAUAUCGAACAUGAUGAAAUUGAAAGUGGUAAAACGAAACAAUCUCAUGAUGAUCAUCAACCAAAACCCAAUGGUAAUGGAGGUAUAUUAGCAUUAGUGGGUAUUGGAAGUGCUGUUGGUGGUUAUUAUUACUUUACCAAACCAGAAAAGAAAUAG